UUUCAGGUAUGGCUGAAAAAGCUGGAAUUUGCACGGAGGAGAACGUCGCUAUUGGAGAAGACGAUCCGCACACAUAUAAGGGACUUGUAACGAUGGCACAUGAACUUGGGCAUUCUCUGGGCUCCGAUCAUGACAGCUGUGAAGGUGCCAAGGACUGUCCUGCUAGAUAUGGAAACUUAAUGACUAACAUAGAUAAAGGCAUGCGAAAUAAAUCAAGACUGUCGGAGUGCAGCCAACGACAAAUACGUACUUUAGUAAGGCGACUGGAACCAUCAUGUAUAAACGUCAGCACAGUAGCCAACUACACAAACGAAGGGUAUCCUGGAGAAAACAUUACUCACGAUGACUUUUGUAGGUUGAUGCACCCAGAAACAGAAAACAUACAGGCCUCCACAGAGGAUGCGCAGGAAUGUAGCAUCAACUGCUGUUGGAAUGAGACAUUAGGCAUAGGAAAUCGUGGCAGCUCUAGUAGUUCCGAGAUGGAACUUAUAGAAUCUCAACAGACUACUACUGAACAAAGUGACGAAUAUAGCUACGACGAAGAAGUUACAUUUUGUGGAAAACACAGCAUGCUGGACGGAAUGCCAUGCAGCGAGAAUAAGACAUGCAACAGAGGUAUUUGCGAUACUCACAACUGGAGUUCGAUAAAGUGGGAUAAUGGCACUUUCCGGACGUUCGCAAACAUUUCAUGAUGUUUGUUUUCUUACUUCGAGGAUUGUGUACUUAUAUCGGGAACAGUACACACUCUUUAAUUUGCCAGGAUGCACAUUGUCUCUCAACACAUCUAAUAUUAUUAUAGGAGACGUGGGCAAUAAAUAUUACAGCGCAUCCUGCCUUUACGAAGGUGAAAAUUCCGUUUUCAAGAAAAGGUUUCCUAAUAAUUCGACAGUGUUACGUCAGUCCCACAUAGAUCUCGACGAAGGAUGCUACAGUGAUCUUGAAAACAAGACAAGCACAAAGUCACACUGCCUUGCUCCAUAUUAAGCAAGUUUAUUGUUUUGAAUGUAAUGUUUUUUUUUAUUUUUUGUUAAUAAACUGGAACGA